AUGACGUUCCAGGUCCCCUACGACGAUGAGACGCCCCCAUCGACUCCAGAUAAGCGCCGCAGUCUCCUCAGCCAUGUGACGACGACGCCCGCCGGCCCACCGCCGUCCUCAGCAAACUCGUUCACGCCGCAAGGGAAGCCUCCGUCAACUGCGUUUGGCAGUUCCCAGAUGCAGAAGCUCGACUUCCAGCAAUCCUCCAAUUCUAUUUUUACCAAGUCAGGAAACAUCAACACAAACGACAGCAUUUUUGGCUCUUCCUUCGGCGGAUCGACCAACUUUCAGCAAGAAUCUGGUCCACAUUUUGCAGCGUCGCAGUCGCGCUUCGGUGCCUCCAAUGGAAGCGCAUUUGGAAAAUCAGUGACCUUUGGACAAUCUAAUGGAUUUGCUUCGUCACAGAUCAGCGAGUACGAGGAGGAAGAAGACGACGAAGAAGACAUGGAGGAAGAAGAAGAAGACGAAGAAGAAUACGAGGAUGAGGAUAUGGAUGCGAGUACCCGUCAAUCUUCGAAUCGCCUCAGCUUCCUGGACUCGAACUUCGGUAACCCACUGCCGCCGCAGUCCCCUGGCUUUGGCCAGCCCAAACCAAUCUAUUCCAACCCUGCCGACGCCAGGCGACCCAAGCUAGAUGAACGCUGGGCCCAUCAGUCGCCCAUCGGCAAGACCAGGCUCCCCCCCCAAAAGCCCUCCGCAAUGCCGUCCAUCCUUCACACCCUUGCCUCUCGAUCCCGUCUGCCUGUUGUCGAUGAGCCAAGCGACAUGAUCAUCAAUACCGAAGAUGCGCUAGGCCGGGUCUAUGAUGAGCUGCGCGAAGCCGAGUACAGGCAUGUCGACUUUGACUGGAUUCUGUCCUACAUCGCGAACAAGCUGGCAGCCACCUGGGAUACAUGCGCCGACCGCAGUGGGAUCUCCCGACCGUAUGGUACUGGAUCCAGCAUUGGCCCGGGAGAAAAUGCCCCGAGCUUGGUGAAGGCAAGCUUCUUGGCAUCGAUUCUUCUGCAAAUCCACCACCCUUCUCGCUCCUCUGCUCCCAUUGCUAGCGCCUCCAACCCCGCCGCACAGACGGCGCCCAACAGCAUGGUGAAAGCCAUGGCACGCGCCAGUGUCGCUACUCCCCUUCCUCAGAUUCUUCUCGACUGGCUCAACGGAAACCAUUGCUCGCAAGCCAAUGACCUUACAGCAUUAAGACAUGUCGAACCGAACCCGACUGCCUCUUCAGACUUCUGGGAUAUCAUCAACGCAGCCGUUCUCCGCGGCCAGUUUGCCGAGGUAGCCGAGGUGCUUCGAUCCGCAGAUUUCAACUACGCUCGGUCUUCUUUGGAAGAUGGUUUGCCUCAGCCCGGCUACCGUGGUGCCCAGCUACAAAAUAUCCAGCGCUGUGUCAACAAGGCUCUGCAGAUCUUGGAUUCGUGCCCUGGUUUUCAAUACGAUGACUGGGACAUUACUGGACCGGAUUGGACCCUGUAUCGGAAGCGUGUUCUCUCCGCGGUGAAUGACCUUGAGGAGUUUGCAGAGGGGGAGGAACGAGACGAUGUCCCCAUGCCGGCACAGGACAAUCAUUUCCAGGCUGUCAACUUUGGACUGGGGAAUCUGGGUGGGCAGAAUCUUUCAUUCACCCAGUCGGCACGAAUGGCAGAGAGUCGGGUUCCGUGGACGAUUUACCAAAGCCUUCGGUCUCUUUAUCGUAUUAUCCUUGGCGAUCCGACCGCCAUCAAAGCUAAUUCCCAGGACUGGGUGGAGGCGACUAUUGGUUUGACAGCUUGGUGGGACGGCGAAGAUGAUGAGGGUCCAGACUUCCGCAGCAGUACCGCCAGCAAUGAAUUCCGACAGUCUCGCAGCUCCAAAAAUCUACGUGCGGUAGACCGUAACCUGCGGGACGCCUAUCUUCGACGUUUGGAUCUGGCUUUCAGCAACGCGACGACCGAGAAGUCCAACAAGGCCGGGUUCCGGCUGAACACAAUGAAUAGCUUGGAAGUUGGCCUAGCUUCCGUUUUCGAGAGCAAUGUGGAGGGUGUGCUGGAGCUUUUGCAGACCUGGUCGCUCUGUAUCGCCUCGGCCACUGCAGAGGUUGCAACCCUUGGUGGGUGGUUUGAGACGAGCGGCGGCGCCAAGAAGAUGCCCGGCUUGAGCGAGAACGACUUGAUGGUUCUCUCGUACGGGCAGGACAACCGAGCGCCCGCACCUCGUGUCAGCCGUGAUGACAUUCUGCACAAGUACGCCUCGGGGCUGAACAACCGCAAGUCCGUCGAGAAUGAGACUGGGGUCCGUGAAGGGUGGGAAAUGGCGUUGGAAGUUCUGAGUCGACUCGAAGAUACCCAUCUGAUGAAGAAGGCUGUUGGUGAGAUUGUCGACCAACUUCCCAUCCAAACCACCAUCCAGCUGGAUAAAUUGGUCGUUUUGUGUUCAGAUUUGGGCUUGGAAGAUCAAGGCCGAAGAGUCUCGGAGAAAUUUGGCGAUAACAUCGUCGAGAAGUCCGAGAAGUUCGGGCUCGCACUGCUGUGCUACGCUCGUGCUCAAAACCGCCGCAAGGUCAAGUCCGUCGUCGACUUGCUCAUCUCCUACAGUCUGGUCCAGUCCCGUGCGUACCCCGCGACGACCGAUCUGGACCCGGAGCUGCGAUCUAUGCUCAAGGAGCCCAAGGCCUGCCUGUCGGCCAUUGCAUCGGUCGACGAGGAGGCUGCCCGCAUCCUUCAAUUCUACCUGAGUGGCUACGCGACACUACGCCGGUUCUAUGAAAUCCGCGACGAGGCUGUAGAGCUACAAGACGGCCAGCAGCCGCGCUUCAAGCCUUUGGCGAGACGGCGCGCUGCCGCUCAGGCUCUGGUGGCCGUUAUUGGCAGUGCUGCAGACAAUAUCUACGGAGGUCUGUACGAUCCCGAGCGCGACUCGGCGGUCCAGGUGGAUGGUCUGCUGGCCUUGUUGGGGGAGGCCUUGGUGUUUGUGAACCAACCUACUCCUGUCCUAUCCGUCUCGCAACAAUUUACCAUCCUCUCAGCGAUCGAAGACCUGGAGACGGUCACCCCGCGCGUGUACGCACAGUGCGAGGAAUGUGUCCAGGCGACACUGCGGGAGCACCACUCCCCCGGCACCAAGGGGUCUGACAGCCAUCUGGCUCCACCCUCGCCGCGGUCACUGCUGAAGAAGUCCGUUUCCUCGCUUUCCGGAUCGACCUUUUCAUUCAUUGGUAACGACAUGCUGGAGUCAGCUCGCGCGCAAUCCGGUUCUGGGUCUGGCCCGACGUCUGUGGGUAGCUCAGGCGUGCUAGUGCCUCGACCAGGUGAUAAGGAGGGCCAGGGUAGAGGAUGGGACUGGCGGGCGGGUCUGCCGGAGUCGGCGACAGGCCAAGACAUCCUGCGGGUGUUGCGCCUGGGGUUGGCACAAGGAUUGAGCUUUGGUGCUUUGGGAGUGGCUUAA